AAGUUUUUCACUCUCCUUCAUACCUGAAUUUCUGAUCAUCAUUUGCUUCAGUUGUAUGAGAUCAUAUAUAUCAUGACUGGAGCACUUGUUGGUGGAGCUUUUCUUUCUGGCUUCAUCAAUGUUGUCUUUGACAGGUUACUUACAGUUGAUGCAGUCAACUUGGUGUUGGGCAAGAAGCUUGGCUCUGACUUGGUUGAGAGGCUGAAGAUUUCUCUGCUUGCUGCUGAAGCUUUGGUUGAUGAUGCUGAGUACAAGCAACUGGGCGACGAACGUGUGAGGGAGUGGCUCAACUGUCUCAAGGAUGCUGUCUACAUUGCUGAUGACUUGCUGGAUGAUGUCCUCACCAAAGAAGCUACUCAAAAGAAGGUACUUUCUUUCUUGCCUAGUUUCCUCGACCGGAAAAGGAAGAUGUUGAUGGUAAAUAAGAUGGAAGAGGUGGUGACAAGAAUAGAAUUUCUUCAAAAACAAAAAGAUUUGCUUGGUCUUGAAAAGAGUACCAAGAGGAACUUCUUGUCAUGGAGAAUUCCAUCUACAUCUCUUGUAGAAGGUAGUAUAUAUGGCAGGGAAAAGGACCAACAGGAAAUAAUCAAGAUAUUAAAUGAUAACAGAGAACAUCAGUUAUCUGUGAUCUCCAUUGUUGGCAUAGGUGGGGUUGGUAAAACAACUUUAGCACAAUGGUUGUACAAUAAUGAGGACUUGAUGGACAGGUUUCAAGUCAAAAAAUGGGUUUGCAUCUCAGAGGACUUUAAUAUUGCUGAGGUUACAAAGAAUAUUAUAGGCCAAGAUGGUUGUAAUACUGAUGAUUUUAACUGCCUUCAACAUGAAUUGAAGAAAACAUUGUUGGGAAAGAAAUUCUUUAUUGUUUUGGAUGAUGUUUGGAGUAAUGAUGGUGAUGUUUGGAAGAAAUUUAUAACUCCAUUUCAAUAUGGGGCUAAUGGAAGUAUAAUUCUUGUAACAACUCGUGCCAAAGAAGUUGCUUCCUUAAUCCAAACUUGUCCCCCUUACAUUCUCAAUGAGUUGUCUGAAGACGGUUGCUGGUUAGUGUUUGCAAACAAUGCUUGUUUUCCCGAAUCAAAUGGGAGUUUGCCACUAGAAGAAAUCGGCAGAAAGAUUGUCAAGAAGUGUAAGGGGUUACCAUUAGCUGCAGAAACACUUGGACGUAUGUUGCGGAUGAACCACAAUGUUAAGGAGUGGGAAAGGGUACUAAUAAGCAAUAUCUGGGAAUUUUCUGUUGAAAAAAGUAAAAUUAUUCCAGCAUUGUUAAUUAGUUACUUUCAACUUCCUGCAUAUUUAAAGCGUUGCUUUGUUUAUUGUUCAUUGUAUCCCAAAGAUUACUGCUUUACCAAAGAUGAUCUAAUUUUGCUGUGGAUGGCCGAAGAUCUUUUGAGACCACCAAAGAGAGGAGAGAGUUUAGAAGAAGUUGGUCAUGAGUGUUUUGUUGAACUAGCUUUUAGAUUAUUUUUUAAACAAGAUGGGGAUGGGUAUGUUUAUAAGAUGCAUGAUCUCUUGCAUGACUUAGCAAUUUUCCUUGCUGGAGACUUUUAUUGUAGAUUUGAAAAGGUUGCUGAUGCAGAGUAUAUGUCUAGUCAUAUUCGCCAUUUGUCCUGUGAAAGCUUGAAUCAUCUGAAUCUUGAUUCCUUCAGUAAAGUUAAAUCUUUGAGAACACUCUUGCAAAUCAAUUUCUCUUCCCUUUCAGACAACAUUGAUGCUGUAACAUGCAUUCUGAUGUUGAAGCUCAAAUAUUUGAGAGUUUUGUCCUUCAAAAUGCUUGAUGUAUUACCUGAUUCAAUAGGUGGAUUGAUCUAUUUGCGUUACUUGGACCUUUCUUGGACAAAUAUUAGGACACUCCCAGAAUCAUUAUGUGACUUGUGCAAUCUACAAACAUUGAAGCUGCAUAACUGCACCAGUUUGAUUAUGCUACCCAAUGGCAUGCAUAAGCUUGUGAAUUUGCGACAUCUUGAUAUUUGGGGAACUUGUUUGAAAGAAAUGCCAAGAAAAAUGAGCAAAUUGAAACACUUACACAUAUUCAGCUACUUUACUGUGGGCAAGCAUAAAGACAAUGGAAUCCAAGAGUUAGGAGAGAUUUCAAAUCUUCAUGGUUCAUUUGGGAUUAAGAAGUUGGAGAACAUUGUUGAUGUGAAGGAAGCAAAGAGUGCAAAAAUAAUGGAUAAGAUGCACAUUGACUGCUUAUCAUUGGAAUGGUUUUCAAGUGAUGACAUGGUUUCAGACACACAGAUUGAAAGAGACAUACUCGACAGCUUGCGACCGCACAAUGGCUUGAAAGAGUUGACAAUCGAGGGAUACAAAGGUACAGUAUUUCCAAAUUGGGUUGGCCAUUGUUCCUACCAAAACAUGACCAGUGUAUCUCUAAAGUCUUGCAACAAUUGCUGCAUGUUGCCUUCACUUGGACAGUUGCCAUCUCUCAAGUCCCUGCACAUUGAAGGUUUUGGUCAGCUCAAGUAUAUUGGUGAUGAGUUUUACAAGAAUGAAGACAAUCCUUCUUUGCAUAUUGCUCCUUUUCCCUCACUAGAGACAUUGCAAUUUCGGGACAUGUCAUGCUGGGAGAUGUGGCACUUGCCUGACUCAGAAACUUUUCCUCAGCUUAAGAGGCUUCUAAUAAGAGAUUGUCCAAUGUUAAAGGGAGAUAUGUUUAAUCAAGUAUUCCUGAAAAUCCUUUCUUCUUUGUCUGAUGUUUCUAAAGUUCGCAAACUAGAUAUAUCAGAAGGAUGCUCUCAAGAGAUGUCACUUACUGGGGAUAAUUUAUCAAUUGGAGGAUGUGAAUCCAUUGUGAAGUCUGCAUUUGAGGCAAUUAGCAUCAACCAUCUAACUUGUCUCCAAGAAAUACAAAUCUCAGGGUGUUUAUCUGCUGUAUUCUUGCCAGGCAAUUGUUUACCUGAAUCUUUGCAAAAGCUCGCAAUCUGCAGCUCUGGGAAACUGGAAUUCCCGGAGCAACAUCAGCAGAAGUAUGAUUUGGUAGAGCUACAAAUACAUUCCAGCUGCGAUUCGCUAACCUCGUUGUCAUUGGAUGCCUUUCCCAAUCUCAAGAAUCUUGAAAUACAUUGGUGUGAGAAUGUGGAAUCAGUUUCAUUGUCACAGCCACCCCAUACUGCUCUCCAACAUCUCAGCAUCAUUGGAUGCCCCAAAUUUGUGUCAUUUCCUGGAGAAGGAUUGGCUGCACCCAACUUGACUAGUCUCCAUGUUAAAAGGUGCUCAAAGUUGGAGGAAUUUCCAAGAGACAUGAAUACUCUUCUCCCAAAUUUGGAGUCCCUUGAAAUGCAACAUUGCCAGGAAAUUUGUAGGUUUCCAGAGGGUGGUUUGCCGCCUAAUUUGAAGUCACUUACUGUUGGAGGUUGCGAGCAACAGUUGAGGAGUGUAUCAUCAAUGGGAGGAAACUUUGAGUCUCUCACUCAUCUUGAAAUUUCAGGUGUUGGCUGUGAGAGUGUGAAGUCAUUCCAUGAGAUAGGUUCACUGCCUCAUCUUCCCUCCAUUACCACUUUAGUGAUCAGGGGUUUUUCAAAUCUGGAGACGUUGGAGUGCAACGAGCUUCUCGGCCUUACCUCCCUCCUACAAUUAAGAAUUGGAGGGUGUCCAAAUCUGGAGAAUAUGGUAGGAGAAAAGCUUCCUUCCUCUGUGUUAACAUUUCAAAUUUCUCACUGUGGUUUGCUUGGAGAACACUGCAAGAACAAGCAUCAACAAAUUUGGCCCAAAAUUUCACACAUCCCGACCAUUCAAGUUAAUGGCAGACAAGUUUUGUGAAUAGAGAUUUCUAAGCAGGAUACAUUAUCAAACAGUUUUCCCAAGAUGAUGAAGAUAUACCUAAUGUCACAUACUCCCUGCCUGUGAUGCUCAGCUCAAUUGGACUCGCCGGUUUCUUUGGCAUAUAUGCUGUUGCUUGUUUC